AUGGUGAGAUUGUCCAGUCCAAUACGACAUGUUAGUGCAUUAUUAUCUCGUGUUCCAAAAAGUGCGCAAGCAUCACGCAAUUAUAGUAAAACCAUCACUAAUCCGUUUAGUCGAUCACCUUAUACUACUUCAACAUACCAUAAAACAUAUAAUAAUCUCAGACCUGUUUCUUCUACAUCACCAUUCCACGCGCUCAGAAAGACAACGCGAAUAUCUUAUCACUAUAGUACAACCACUCAGUAUAAAAAUGAAAAUUCGAAGCCUACAAAGCAUGUCAGUGAAACUAUUCUCGAUAAUGUAUCCAAAGUGGAUGUGAAAAGAGUACUUGUUGUAGGGUCUGGUGGAUUAUCCAUUGGUCAGGCUGGCGAAUUCGACUAUUCAGGUUCACAGGCCAUUAAGGCUCUACGUGAAUCAGGCAUUCAUACUAUACUUGUAAAUCCCAACAUUGCCACUAUUCAGACAUCACAUGCUUUAGCAGAUACUGUUUAUUUCCUACCUGUUACUCCUGAAUACCUUACGCAUAUCAUUGAACGAGAACGACCCGAUGGGAUAUUAUUAACAUUCGGUGGUCAGACUGGGUUAAAUUGUGGUAUAAAGUUAGAUAAAAUGGGUGUUUUAGCUCGAAAUGGAGUUAAAGUAUUGGGUACGCCGAUUCGUACUUUGGAAGUAAGCGAAGAUAGGGACUUAUUCGCGCAGGCAUUGAAAGAAAUUGAUAUUCCUGUUGCAGAAUCCACUGCAGUUUCUACUGUCGAUGAUGCUCUUGCAGCCGCUGAACAAAUAGGUUAUCCUGUAAUUAUUCGUUCAGCGUUCGCUUUGGGUGGGCUUGGGUCUGGAUUUGCCUCAAGCCCCGAAGAAUUACAUAGUCUGGCAGCCAGAUCCUUGUCAUUGUCGCCUCAAAUCCUUGUAGAAAAAUCCAUGAAAGGUUGGAAGGAAGUUGAAUACGAAGUCGUUCGUGAUGCUGCAAAUAACUGUAUUACUGUUUGCAAUAUGGAGAAUUUCGAUCCACUUGGAAUUCACACCGGUGAUUCUAUUGUUGUCGCUCCAAGCCAGACAUUAAGUGAUGAAGAAUACCAUAUGCUCAGAACUGCUGCAAUUAAGAUAAUUCGUCAUUUGGGGGUAGUAGGUGAAUGUAACGUUCAAUAUGCUUUAAAUCCUCAAAGCCUUGAAUAUAAAGUCAUCGAAGUAAACGCUCGUCUUAGCCGUAGCAGUGCCCUGGCAUCCAAAGCUACCGGAUAUCCUCUUGCUUUCAUUGCCGCAAAGAUUGCGUUGGGUCACACACUUCCUGAACUUCCAAAUUUAGUAACUAAAACUACUACGGCCUGUUUUGAACCAUCAUUGGAUUAUAUUGUCACAAAGAUUCCAAAAUGGGAUCUGAGGAAAUUCCAGCACGUCAAUCGUGAUAUCGGUAGUUCCAUGAAAAGUGUAGGUGAAGUUAUGGCAGUCGGUAGGACAUUUGAAGAAAGUUUACAAAAGGCUAUUCGUCAAGUUGAUCCUUCUUUUAAGGGCUUCCAAUCCUUGCAAUUCCCAGAACUUGAUAAGACACUUAAAAAUCCUACCGACCUUCGAUUAUUUGCCAUUGGCCAAGCGAUGCUUGAAAAAAAUUAUACGAUCGAUCAAAUUCAUGAUCUUACCAAGAUUGAUAAAUGGUUCCUUUAUAAGCUUGGUAAUAUUGUUAACAUUCAACAUGAUCUAAAACAUGCUGGAAAAUUAGAAAACGUAUCCAAAACAUUAUUGCAAGAUGCAAAGAAAAAAGGGUUUUCUGAUUCACAAAUUGCCGCUUUAUUACAAGAAACCAAUGAAGAUCAAGUACGCAAAGUAAGAAAGGAGCAUGGAAUUACACCAUUUGUCAAGCAAAUUGAUACUCUUGCAGCUGAAUUUCCUGCCAAGACGAAUUAUUUGUAUACUACCUAUAAUGCUACGACUAACGACAUUGACUUUAAUGACCACGGAACUAUGGUGCUAGGUUCCGGAGUAUAUCGUAUUGGUUCAUCUGUCGAAUUUGAUUGGUGUGGGGUUUCAGCCAUCCGUGCCCUUCGUAGAAUGGGCAAGAAAACUGUUAUGGUGAAUUACAAUCCAGAAACAGUUUCCACAGAUUUUGAUGAAUGUGAUAGACUCUAUUUUGAGGAACUUUCAUUUGAGCGUGUAAUGGACAUUUAUGAAGCAGAAAAGGCACAAGGUGUUGUAGUAUCUGUGGGUGGGCAAUUACCGCAGAAUAUUGCGUUACGAAUGUAUGAAAAUAAGGUAAAUGUUUUAGGAACAAGUCCUGUUUCUAUCGAUAAGGCUGAGGAUCGAUUCAAAUUUUCGAAAGUUUUGGAUGAAAUUGGUGUGGACCAACCCGAAUGGAAGGAAUUAUCCAGUGUAGAAGAAGCUGAAAAAUUUGCUGAUAGAGUUGGAUACCCAGUCCUUGUUCGUCCCUCGUACGUUCUCUCAGGUGCUGCCAUGAACGUUUGUCAUACACGUGAGGCUCUACAGAAGAACCUUUCCGAAGCUGCAUCAGUUUCACCGUUACAUCCCGUAGUAAUUACUAAAUUCAUAUCACCUGCUGCUGAGAUUGAUGUAGAUGCAGUUGCAUACAAGGGCAAAUUAUUAAUUCAUGCAGUCUCUGAGCAUGUGGAAAACGCUGGUGUUCAUUCUGGUGAUGCUACUCUUGUAUUGCCCCCAAGUGAUACUAACGAAAAAACUAUGGCACGACUGAAAGAAAUUGCUAGUAAAGUCGCUAAAGCUUUCGAUAUUACUGGACCCUUUAACAUGCAAAUUAUCAGAAAGGAUAAUCCAAAUGGAGAAUCAGAGCUGAAAGUUAUUGAAUGUAACCUUCGUGCAUCGAGAUCAUUUCCAUUCGUGUCUAAGGUGCUUGGAACAAAUUUCAUUGAUAUUGCUAUGCAUGCAUUGUGUGACUAUCAAGUUCCAGAGCCAGUUGAUCUUAUGGAAUUAAAGAAAGAUUAUCAAGCUGUUAAAGUACCGCAAUUUUCUUGGACUCGCUUACAAGGAGCAGAUCCUUUCCUCGGUGUUGAAAUGGCAUCCACGGGUGAAGUUGCUUCUUUCGGUAAAGACAAAUAUGAAGCGUAUUGGUCAGCCAUCCAAUCUACACAGAAUUUCAGAAUUCCUAAACCAGGAAGCGGUAUACUCUUAGGAAGAGAUGAUUUGACGAAUGAUGAUGAUUUCUACGCUGUCGCACAUACACUAUCUAAAGAUUUAGGACACCCAUUAUAUACAUCAUCACCAAAAGUAACGGAACACCUUGCGAAACAAGGUAUUAAAGCCACAACAUUAAUCCUACCGGAACAUAACAAACGUGCGUUACAUCAAGUUUUCCAAAGUAAUAAAAUUGAUUUCGUUUUUAAUCUCGCACAACUUCGGGCAUCGGAUGUAAAUGAUGAGAACUAUAUUGCCAGAAGAUCAGCAGUAGAUUUUGGUAUUCCAUUGGUCAAUGAUGGUAAAUGUGCUAGAUUAUUUGUUGAAUCUUUCAAGAGGAAACGUCAAGAAUUAGGCAGUUUGUCAGAUGGCCAAUAUCCAGGUGAAGUUAAAA